AUGUCUCGCUCAUCAAGAGCAAGAACCUCCAGGAGCCAGCCAGCACAUGUGGCCUGCUCGCAUGAUGUUUUAUACAAUUCCGUCUCUGCACAUGCUCGCAGCUUGUCAUACUAUGCCUGCCCUUCCACUUUAGCCGCUCACUCUGCAGCUUCUCGUACAAGAAGGCCGCCGGAUGGUUGGGACUCAUCGAUCCCGCCGACACCACGCUCUAGCUUUCCCAGCUCGAACGUGCUCCCUCAAGAUCAUCUCGACCAAUUCCCGAAAGAGCCCGGAGAUGAUCUUUAUGACUUCAUCACGAACGGAGGCCGCAAUCAGGUUACGCCUAAGAGGAAAUGCCUCUAUAUAGUUGACGCACCGGAUAUCGAUCCUGAGAUUGUUGGACUCAUGGCGAGUUGGACGGAUCCAGCAAUACCGGCCGGAUCUGAUAACCUGACCUCGGCCAUCAGUUCCCCUCGUGUCGAGGACAUAGCCGGCUACCUCGCAGCCUUCUAUACGGGCCUGGAUGUCAAGAUUCUCAAAAGCCAUUUCCGUUUCAAGAGAUGGGGUGAGAAACAACAGGGUGCCAAUGCAAACAAUCGGGGGAACAUUGCCCUCGUGGCACCAGACGGCGCUGCCACACGUGUACGCUUCCGGCCAGCCCCGGAUGGUGCAACACCUGGCCAGCUCAAUCUUAAUGAUAUGCUUGAUGCUCUGCAUGCAUCCAUACCACCUGAUGCAUUCGCUAUCCUCCUUGUUACGGACCAUGACCUGUACGAGGAUGAGGAAGAUGACUUUUGCGCCGGGCGCCUAUGGCGGCUCGCGCAUCUGCAUCGUCUCCAUGUUCCGGUACAAUCCAGUCUUGGACAGACACGCUGGAACCAACCACGCUCACAGCUGGCCGGCAUCUCAUUGCAGAGACUAUGUAGAUGA